AUGCCGGGCUUUGAAUGGAACCGCGAGACUGAGACCACCCCCGCCCCCGUCGCGGCUGAGCCUACUGUCGUGCCUGCGCCGACUCUGAACGGCCACGGCGACGCCCCCAGCAUUGUCGAUGGCGUCUACUACAACGCCCGCCUCGACCCCAAGAACUUCCUUGAGGGCCCCAUUUCCACGAACCCUGCCACCCGCCUUCGUCAAAUGCUCGCCCGGCCAGGUAUUGUUGUUGCCCCCGGUAUCUGUGACGGUAUCAGCGCCCGCUGCGCUCUCGAGGCCGGCUUCGAUUGUCUCUACCAGAGCGGUGCCGCCACCACUGCGUCGCGCCUCGGCAUGCCCGAUGUUGCGAUCGCCACCUUGAACGACUUCGUCCAGAGCGCGCAGAUGGUCUGCAGCAUGGACCCCACAGUGCCCGUCAUCGCCGACGCGGACACCGGGUUCGGUGGUCCCGCCAUGGUCGCUCGUACUGUAACCCAAUAUGCUCGCGCAGGAGUAGCAGGCAUGCACAUCGAGGAUCAGGUGCAGACCAAGCGCUGCGGCCACUUGAUGGGCAAGCAGGUCGUCUCCCGCGAGGAGUUCCUCCAGCGCAUCCGAGCCGCUGUCAUCGCCCGCGAUUCUAUCCCCGGUGGCUCCGACUUCGUCAUCAUUGGCCGCACGGACUCUGCCCAGGUCCUCGGCAUGGACGAGGCCAUCACUCGUCUCAAGCUCGCCGCCGAUGCCGGCGCAGAUGUCUGCUUCAUCGAGGGUGUGAAGACCGCUGAGUUGCUCACAUCUACGAUCGCGGCGCUCGCGCCCAAGCCCGUUCUCGUCAACGUCAUCUCGGGUGGCCUGACGCCCUCCUUCACGUGCCAGGAGGCGGAGGCCCUCGGUGCGAAGAUCAUCAUCUUCUCGCUCGUAUCUUGCGUCGCAGCUGUCCACGGCAUCCGAGAAGCGAUGCGCUCGCUCAAGAAGACGGGCACGGACUUCACCUCUGCGCGCGGCAUGGACCCGAAGGCGUUCUUCGAGGUCAUGGGCCUGAACGAGGUGAUCACGCUCGACGCGAUGGCAGGCGGCAAGGCCUUCGAGCUCGUGUAG